AUGGUUGCCUACUGUCCGUCGACCCGUCGAAUAGCAUUUGGUGGCAAGAACGGUUCAUGUGUGGUCCACGAACUUCGUGCUGCGAAGGCACAUAACUUGCAAGCACAUCAAGGCCCGGUGUCAGCGGUUGCGUUCUCGGAAGACGGCAAGUAUCUCGCCACCUAUGGUGAACAGGACGCAAAAAUCAAUUUUUGGCAAACUAGUCAAUCAUUUCUGGGAAUGGGCCAGAAUCAAAUGAAAUUGGUGAAGAGUCAACCGGCUCCUUCCCUGUCAGCAUUUACUCCGAAUGGUACUGUAAACGCUUAUCGACCAAGACUGGUAUGGAUAAACCCGAAGUCGUUGACCCUCAUGAUGCCUGAAGGUCGCGAACAGCGUUUCACUCUGUAG